GUCAGAUUCGUAACGUUCGUUAACAACGCGCAACGAUUGAUGUACCGUCCUUGGCUAGAAAACGAGCCCGAUAUCCUUUCUGCACUCUUGCAUGAGGCCUGAGCACUGAGCACUGAGCAAUGAGGGCAUCAACCUACUUGAACAUCCAUGCACUGAGCAAUCCCCACAGACAUCUCUCGCAUGACUCUCCAACGCGCCGAACGCUACGACCCUGACUCGCCACUCGAGCAGGAGGUCAAGCUUCCUUCCGCGCCGUGCGCCACGCUCGCUACAAACGCGACGCUCCAGCCACCGCUCACGCGCCGCGGUACCGGUCCCGGCCUCAUCCAGUUUCUCCCUGCGCGCGCAAAGUACGCGGGCAGCACAACCCUCGAGGGCGAGCAGGCAGUGCAGAAGUCGCUGGACCCGGAGCCCGUGCAGAAAUGGGCUGAGGAGGGAUAUGCGGUCGUCGGUGUCGAGGACGCGGGGGCAUCAGACGUGGGCUGGGGCGUCAACGCCGCGCUCGCAGAGGGCCUUAAGGCACUCAAGGCACUCCCCGAGCUUGAUACUCACGACAAGUUCGGUGUGAUCGUCUAUGACGCGGAGCUGAUUGACGCAGUGCACGACGCAGUGACUCAACACCCAGAGGUCGUCGCGGUGGUCGCAUUUUCGGAUACGGUGACGACUACGAACCCGCCAAGAUCGACGCUAUACCACCUGCCUGGAAAGAUUGAACCCGGGGGAACGGGUGCCGUGGAGGUGGUCGCACACGAACAUGCGCGGUCGCCGUACUUCGUCUUACCCCAGGGUGGCGCGUACGAGCCGAGCGCAGCGACAGCCGCGCACAGCAAGUCGCUCGUAUUUCUGCGCAGGCAUAUCGGCGGACCGCACUUCGACAUCGAGGCGAUCUGGGAGGAGCACACAUACUUCGAGUUCGAGGUCCGUUCGGUCGCGAAGACGAUGGGCACCAUGGUCCAAGAGCCGUACGUGAACCAUGUUACGACGAUGACCGGUGGCAUCGGACGCAAGAACCUCACUGCUUUCUACCGUGACCACUUCAUUUUCAGUAAUCCUCCAGAUACAGCCUUAAGAACUGUCUCCCGCACAGUGGGUGCCGACCGCAUCGUCGAAGAAUUCGUCUUCCACGUCACGCACACGACUGCGAUCGACUGGCUGCUUCCCGGUGUCCCGCCCACGGGCAAGAAGUUAGAGAUCCCCAUGCUGGGCGUUAUCAACGUUCGCGGCGACCGCCUGUAUCAUGAGCAUAUCUGGUGGGACCAGGGCACCGUGCUCAAGCAGACCGACCUUCUUCCGGAUAUUGUGACCGUGUUCACCCCGAUGGGCCCGCGCAGGCUCAGGCUGCCCGUCGCAGGUGCUGAGGCCGCACACAUGCUUGUGAACGAAUCAGAUGGCAGAUCGAACGAGAUGCUUGGCUGGGGAUACCAGGACUGAUUGUGCACAUUGGUGUGCUUGCAAUUGCGUCGGGGUUAUGUUUACGCUGCCAACAGUAAUGCGAUACGGGUAUAUCACUUCGAUGGGUGUCUGCACCUGUACAACGCUUUGCAGAUGCUUCACGCCGUAGAGGGCUAUCCUCGCAUCGCCUGCAACAGCCUGGGUCUCACGGCGUCCACCAGAAAAAAAGAACCGCUGACGACAUCGUG